AUGUGUUUCAACUACAAAAAAUUCUACUCUAAAGUCUUGUUUGCUGCUGCGGACGCAAAUUACCGAUUUUUAAUGGUUGAUAUUGGCCGGGAAGGGUCAUCCUCGGAUUCUGGGAUUCUGGAUACGUCACCCAUCGACAAAUUCAUAGAAAACGCUUCGUCGUACCUUCUUCAACCAGCACGUUUAUCAAACGGUGUUGAACUACCAUACGUUUUCUUAGGAGAUGAAGCAUUUCAGUUGCAGCCUAAUCUCAUGAGACCCUUCCCAGGAAAGUACACUACGAAGGAAUGCAGAAUUUUUAAUUAUCGGCUAUCCAGAGCUAGACUUGUCGUGGAAAACAGCUUUGGCAUCUUAUCGGCGCGGUGGAGGAUUUUUCACUCCUGUAUUGAUGCAGAUGAAGACUUGAUUACACUAAUCAUUCACGCAUCUGUGAUUCUGCAUAAUUUUUUGAUGGAAAAGUGCGACUGGAAUGGAAUUACUGCUGAUCGCGACACGGCAGAAGGGUUAAUUCCUGGGAAUUGGAGAACUUCGACCCCCGAAGAUUCAAUUUCGAAGUGUGUCAAAUCUUGGGAGCAAUAA